UUAAUAAGGUGGAGGGCAGGUGGCCCCUAUUUCAUUGGUCUUCAAAACCAUUUCAAUUCAUCAAAAUGUUUUUAUAGACAGCAAUACACCAAGGUCAGUUAUCUUUCAAUAGCAACACUAUGAGCCAAACAAGGGCCUGCUGGGGUUUAAAACAUUACAAUAUGGCUAAUGUUGUUGCCUUUUUUCAGGUCACAAUGCCACAUACUUUAAAUAUUGCGUAGAGGUAGGGUUAUUUUUCUGUCCAUCACAUUUUCCAUUGGUGGAGUUGGUAAACAAUAGGUCACUGUUCAGCUCCUGGCUUCAUCAGGUCUACUAAAGCAGGUAAUUUAAAUAUCUGUCUACGCCAGCCCUGUGUGCAGAGUUAACUAGGUCGCUUGUUCCUCUUUUUGCUUGAGUUGGAGGUAAUUAUUUUAAUUUAUUUUUUAAUUAUAUAUACAAUGUUAUUGUAAAACCUGCAGUGUAUUUAAAGCUACAAUAAUACAAAGUUGUCAUAAUUCUUGCAUUUUAAAUACCAGUAUAUUAAAGGGCUCUUGUUAGUUAUUAAUAACUUUAUAUUGUACUGAGCCUUCAAAGGUGAAGGAUAGGUUAUACGUAAUUAAGUCCUGUAUUGAAAAUAAAGUAAUACUGCUUUGUGGAUUUUUAAAAAUGUAUUUUAUAUAAGACAAUCUAGAAAAUGUACCUUUUUUAAUUUCUAAUCAUAUGUCCUGUGCAUAGAUUAUGACUAGAACUAUUGUGGAAAUCUUGAGUAAAACUCAACUAUUUGUGUGUCCAUAUUUUAUGGUUGAGUGUUGAAAUUCUAGAGCAUCUGUACUGUUAUUCUGUUGUUUUGUAAAAGGACUAGAUAAUGAUAAGAUUAUUUUAAGGAAUUUCAGUAGAAAGUAAGAGAUCUGGUGGGGAUCAACAAAUAUAAAGUGCAAAAGAGUGGUCAAUUUCUAGAAUAUAAAUUGUACAAAACCAGUAAAGAGGUAAAACAUUGGCUUUCAGUCAACACUCUUUUUUUGCUUAUAACUCAUUACAAUGAAGGCUUAGUAAACUACAGGACAUGCCUUCAGGCACACAAAAAGCACAGUAAUUGCACUUGUAACCAUUAAGCUACCAAGUCGUUUUACUGUUCGUUUUAAAAUUCACUGCUCCAAACAAUUUAGGGAUUUUCAAAGAUGUGUAAAUGAAUACUAAGAUACUGUCUGUUUCCACACCCUUACUAUGCUGUCCACAUCUCUGUACUUGUUUCUUUUCUUUGCCCAGGUGUUGCCUCGGAGAUGCCCAGCGCGCAGGAGCAGAUGGAGCUGGAUGAGAUUGAAGAGGGGCUUAGGAAGCUGGCUCUUCAGCAGCAGCAGCUACUGAGCAGGAAAGAGCUGCUCACCAUGCUGCAGGACUUCAAACACAGCACUGGCUUCCUCUCCUCCACCGACAAGAAGGCAUUGACCAAAAUAACAGACUCCACCGAGAAGACGGAGCUCGAGAGCAUCGAUGAGCAACUGAGAGACAUUGCAGAGCAAGAGGGAGAGCUCCUGAACCGCAAGGAGGAGAUCCUCUGCCCUGACCAGUUCAGACCAGAUUUGUCCAAACUGAAUGGCCUUGGAGUGUUUGUUCUGCCUCGCAUUUCGGAUGAGUUUGCAAUCACAGUACCACCACCGUCAUUCCCAGCACCCCAGCUGACUCUGGACUACAACAAGCUCCCAGACAGUCCCACCCCAACGCAGUGCCCCUCCUGUCAGCAGUUUGUGACCACAGAGACUUGCAGGAAGAUGGGAAACACUGUCUGGCUAUUGUGCAUCAUGGCAGUCAUGUUUGGAUGCUUUUGUGGCUGUUGUUUAAUCCCCUUCUGUGUAAAUGCAUAUAAAGAUGUGGUCCACAAGUGCCCUAAGUGUCUAGCCAAGAUUCAUACAAUCAAGAGGCUGUAAGAAUCCAGCACAAGUACUAAAGAAAUGGCUUUGGCUUCUGGCACAUAGACAACAAAAUUUGGGCUGAAGGAACGAAAUGUGGGACUCGGCAUGAAAGAUGGAAAUGUUCUGCAGAAAAAGUUCACAAAGUAUUGUUAGCGGUCAGUUAAUGCUUGGCCAUUGUGCCCAAAACAAAACUGGACAACAGUAAAGUGCUAUGGAGAGUUUUAAAGCUGGGAGAUCAUCUAAACCCAGGACAAAAAGAAAGUUAUUUCGCUUGUCUUAACAAGCAAGUUUCAAAAGGUACAUUUAUGUAAUCUGGUGCCUGCAUAUAUAUUUGUAAUGCUCACCCCUUUGCUUUUAGGAUUUAACCCAUCCAGAGUGAUGUAAAUUGGGUUACCUCCAGCAGAAAUAACAGUAUACAAUAAUAGCAGGUUUCCUCACUUGACUUCCCACAUGUAGUGCAUUCUUAUCCAUGCAGAAGUUGUAAUGUAUGUUUUUAGCUUGCCAACAUGGUGAUACAGAAACUCUUUUAAUAUAACUUCUAAGCUGAGUUCAUUUUAUCAGGAGUUCUUCAAUAACCAGUACUGUAGUGGGAAUAUAGUGCGAGGUAUUGUAUGGAUUACAUUGGUGUUCAUUAAUAUCAUUUAUUUUCAAUAUUUAGGCAACUAUAUUGCAUGCACAACAGACUUGAAUGUUAUCAACUCAUUUUUUUGAAUACCAAAAUUGAUUUAAUAGUACUGAAUGAG